AUGGGAUUUUUAAUAACAGCAGGUGCUUACAAGCAAAAUAAAGAUCCACUUAUCGACUUAUUCAGUGAAGAGAAUUUGCCAAUUUACAGGGCUACGUUUUCACAUUCUCGUGUCCAACUACUACAAAAAUGUAUGAGGUUUGAUGAUCAAGCUACUCGAGGUAUUCGUAAAGAAUAUGACAACUUUGCUGCAGCAAGAGAUAUUUGGGAGCGAGUCACAAGCAAAUUUCCAGACUUUUUGGCUCCUUCAGAGUCAGUUGUAAUAGACGAGGAGCUUAUAACCUUUCAUGGAAGAUGCAAAUUUCGUUUAUAUAUUCCUACCAACCCUGGUAAAUACGGAAUUCAAGCUAAUGUGCUGUGUGAUUCAGAAAAUUACUAUUGUUUUGCUGCAGAACCAUACGCUGGAAAAGUAAUAAAUCAGCCCAAAGAUUACAAUAGUGGUCCGGCAGUUGUAAAACAUCUUGUAGCAUUAGCAAAAUUGCAUAACAGUGGUCGCAACAUCACAAUGGACAGAAAAUUUACAUCUCUCCCAACAGCAAAUGCUUUGUUAGAUCAAAAUCUUACUGUCGUGGGAACGAUAAUGAGUAACAGAAAAGACGUCCCACCAGAACUAAGACCUCAAUCUUUGAAGGAUGCAACACCUGGCACAAUUCGCUUUGCUUUUCGCGACCGGGAAACAUUUGUAAGUUAUGUGCCAAAAAAGAAGAAGGUCGUCACUGUGCUAUCUACACAACAUCACAACAUGCAAGUGCAAAAUGACAAGCCAGAAAUUAUUUUGUAG